AUGGACUCUACGACUCUGUGCUAAACGCGCAAUGCAGUCACGUCUUGGAGUUUCACGAGGGCGAAGGAAGCAACAGACGGGUGCGAAUGGAGGUGAAAGCGGGCCAACCACCAGCACAGUUGUGGGAUUACACAGUGCAGGUCAGGACUCUUCUGCCGGUGGAAGAUGCAGAGCAGUUUAUUGCACCGCGUCCCCGGCUGAUGAUACUCACCUCUGAGAAGGGGUGGCCCUAUUCGCUAAAGCAGGGAAGAGGUAUUGUCGACUGCUACAUCAACCGCGAAGUGCAGCGGGUUUGGAGGAUCGUGCAGGGCGAUCUAGAGGGAGAGUUUGGCACUGAGGAUCUAACGCAAUUUGAUGUGAGGCGGCGCCUUUUGAUUGGAACACCCGGCAUCGGGAAAUCUAUGAACGCUGGCUCCUACCUCCUUUACAGGUUGCUCCACUACGACAUCGCAAAACUCCAGGUGGUUGCCUACUGCUUUGGAGGGGAUCUGGCAUUCGUGUUUGACAAGGAGGAGAAAACGGUGACGGUAUACGAGGGUGAGCUCAAUGUCAAAAGGGUUGUGAGAAGGUUGGAUUGGCAGCGUAAGCUGAAAGGGUAUAUCAUCUACGACGUGGCAAGACAUUCUUGUGGGCCAUCCGAUACUUUUCCAACGCCCAAGUCAUGGGGCUUCAUUCUGUUGUCGUCACCGAACGAAGAAAACUUCAAAGCAUGGGAAAAGCAGGCGACCGCUGCCCGCAUUGUUAUGAAUUGCCCGGACGAGAAUGACGUGAAGGCGAUGUGUGCCUGGGAGACGCGUACUGCGUCUGCGGAGGAUCAAAGGAAUUACUGGGAGAAGAUAAAAAAACGCAUGUAUUACGUGGGACCGAUUCCACGAAGCAUUUUUGAAGACAUUUCAUAUGGCAAUCACCGGGGCGUGACUGCGGGCGUCGUGGGAAUGAUUAAGGCUUCAAAUGCUCAUAAUUACCUUUUCAUUUGGUGUGGGAAUGUGGCCUGUGGAUGA